CCUUCACGUGGGCGUCCCGCAGAGCUCAGUUCUCGGCCCUUUCCUAGGCGCGCGGUUUCCGAUUCUGCGCAGUUGAGCCUGAUCCGCCUAGAAUGAGCUUUUGAGAGUUGUGCGGAAAAAAUCGAUGAGGUCCAGAAAACUUGUGAUAAAGUAGCGAUCUGAGCAACGAUGAGUGCAUCUGUUGUCGACAACACCGUGUCAUCGGGGAAUUCUUCGGUUGCGAUUCCGACAGACAUCAGCGGACAGAUAUUAGAUCUAGACGAAGACGAUGAAUUGGAAGUUUUCAGUAAGGAUACGAGUACGACUCAAACAGACGGCAGCUCUUUCAAUGCCUCCAUGCAGACCUCCCCUGCUUCAAUGAUCAACCAGUACAAGUUUGAGGAAGAAGAGGAAGAUGCUGACACCAAAGAUAUUUUUGUCACAGUCGAUAACCCAGAGAGUCACGUAACAGCUAUUGAGACAUACAUAACCUACCGGGUUGAAACUAAGACCACACGGAGCGAGUUUGACUCAAGUGAGUUUGAGGUGCGAAGACGAUACCAGGACUUCCUGUGGUUAAAGGGACGUCUGGAAGAAGCUCAUCCCACACUCAUUGUUCAUCCGCUGCCGGAGAAGUUUGUGAUGAAAGGAAUGGUGGAGAGGUUUAAUGAAGAUUUCAUUGAGACGAGGAGGAGGGCGCUGCACAAGUUUCUGAACAAAAUAGCAGAACAUCCAAUUUUCUCCAGCAGUGAAGAUUUUAAGAUCUUUCUCACAGCAGGAUCUGGGGAGCUGACCUCUCAUAAGAAACAAGGUCCAGGGUUUCUGAGCCGGAUGGGGGAGACGGUCAAAGCCGUCGCUGCUGCAGUCAGAGGGGUCAGAAACCGGCCUCAGGAGUUCACCGACAUGCAGGAGUACGCGGAGGCCUUCAGUCAGAAGAUCAGCUCGCUUGAUAAAGUUACUCAAAGGAUCGUCAGAGAGCAGAAAGAGUACCUGGAGGAGCUGAAGGAGUGUGGGCCGACAUACGCGCUGUGGUCACAAUCAGAGCAGGAGCUGGCCGAGCCCCUGAAGAACGUGGCAGGCUGUGUGGACAACUGCUGUAAGGAGACAGAGGAGCAGGUCAAACAUCUCAAUGAUCACCUGAUUCCAGUCCUUCAUGAGUACGUCCUCUGUGCCGACACACUCAAGGCAGUACUAAGGAGGCGAGACAACAUCCAGGCGGAUUUCGAAGGGAAGACUGAAGCUCUUGCCACAAAGAAGGCCGACAGGGACGCGGACUCUAAGGUGCUGAGUUUAGCAUGGGACAGCUUGGUGGGACGAUCCCCCGAGGAGGUCAAACAACAGAAACAGCAGAAACUUAAGGGCGAGAUUAAGGAGAUGAGAGAUGAGCUGGAUAAGGCGGAGGACAGGCUGGAGUGGGCGAAUAAUGCACUCAAGACCGAUUGGACCCGCUGGCAGAAGGUCAUGAGAACUGAUCUACGAUCAGCCUUCAUCGACACAGCAGAGAGGAAUGUCAGCUACUAUGAAAAGUGUUUGGCUGUAUGGGAGUCAUUCUUGCAGUCUCAAAGGACCGAUGCUGAAGGAAAUGGAAAGGUUGACUCUUCCUAAUCUCUCAAGGUGAAUGGGACAACCAAAGACGCUUUUAUUCCUGCAGAAACCAAAAAGAUUCAUAUUUAGAGACUGAGGCACCAAAGACAGUCGCUCUGUACAAACGUCUCCCAGCAUUCACCAGCUCACCCAGAGAAACUGCAAUGAAAGUAGUGUUCUCUCUGUCAGUACGUUAUAUUGCCAAAUCUUUUAUAUUGAAAACUAUUUUUCAUUUGUUUAUAUGAAUACAACACAAGAUUGAAAAAGUAAUGCAAUUCCUGGAAAAUAAAGAUGCACACUUUAAAGCCUUAUUGCAUCAUCAGUGAGGAUUUUAUCCAUACGAUGUUUGCGAUUCAUUUGUCCUGCCCUUUUGCAGAUCAAUGCAAAUGCUGUUUACCUCUUAUCAGAGCUGC